AUGCCGAUACCCCGAUACACCUACACCCCUCGACACAUGUUCACCCCCAGAGCUUUCUCAACUGUAGGCCCGUUGCGGUCUGAUCGCCCUCCUGCCUCACAAAAUCCCGAUAUCAAUGUUUCGUCAGUGGAGAAUACGGUCACCGAAGUCGAAAAUGACGGAUCCACCUCUGCAUCUCAUGUGCCCUGGUACCUGCAGGAUGAGCCAACCGCCGACGAUUCCCGACCCGUAUCUGGAGAUCACAUCCCGGAAAUCCCAGAAAAUUCCCCCGAAUUACUCCCUGUCCUUCUCGAAUAUUCGUACAAAGACCUCGGCUUGGAUAAACUGAAACUUUUUGAUCUUCGUGGUCUCGAAACACCAGCCGCACUGGGCGCCAAUGUCAUCAUGAUAAUUGGAACAGCACGAAGUGUGAAGCAUCUGAACGUAGCCGCAGAUCGUCUGUGUAGGUGGCUUCGGGCCACGUACAAGCUUUCACCAUUUGCAGAUGGCUUACUUGGACGCAAUGAGCUGAAGAUCAAGCUCCGUCGCAAGGCCAAGCGAGCGCGCGCUGCUGCCGAUGCCGGCAGGAUGGUGGAUGACAAGGAUGAUGGCAUCACGACGGGUUGGAUCUGUGUUAAUUCGGGCGUUGUAGACAAAAACGCUGUUGGAUUGGACCUCAAGGAUGCCGGGUUUGAAGGCUUUGGUCAGCUUAAUACUGGUACCAACGUGAUUGUUCAGAUCUUCACUGAGGAGAAGCGAGCCGAAGUCGACCUGGAUGGUCUGUGGCAAGGGAACUUUGACCGUGCCGAACGGAAACGCCUCCGCGAACUUCAACAAGACAAUGCGGAACCUGCGACAAAGACCGAAUCCUCGGCAACUGACCGCUUUUUGAAUAAUGCUUCCAGCUAUCCCAGUGGUCAGAAAAGAGGUCUUCACACUAGUCGCGAAGGUGCCUCGUCUUCCACCAGAUCUGUGGACCCAGCUACCGCUUUUGCAGCUUCAUCAGUCCCCGGAAAGACACCUGGAAUGUCUACUGCAUCACUGCUCAAGAUGUUGACUGGACUUCCCGAGGAGAAUGCCAGAAUCGAGCUUGGAACAGGACCUGAUGAUUAUCAAUCUACUCUGUUUUUACGACUGCUUAACGAGAGCCUUCCGGCCAAUAUUUCCCAUGAAGCCCUCGCGGCAUUGCGCCUAAAACUGGCUACGAUUGCCAUUGCCUGCCACCACCCGGCAUACAGCAAGCCUGCCUUGUCUGCUUCAUUUACCGAAUAUCUCGGCAAUGCUUACGAUCUGGAGGACGGUCUCGCUUUUGAGAUUGUCUCCGCGCUCCUGGCCCCGCAAAAGCUUCAAGACAGUCAUGGACAGCCUGUCUCAUAUCUACCCGAGGCAGACAUCGAGCUCGCUCUGCAAGUUCUCGACCGUCUCAGCCUCCGAGGUGUCCCGAUUCUCAACAUGAAAGUAUUCAAUAUGCUCUAUCGCGUAGCUGAUACUACAACCAAACUCCCAUCGAAGGAAGAUCGUUCCCAGUCAAAAAUUACACCGCAAUCGACAACCGGCAAUGAAUGGUCUGAAUCCCAGCGUCAGAUGCUGAACCGUUUGUCAAAAAUCGUUUCUGGUGCCAAUGUCGCCUUUGACGAAGAAGAGGCCCGCCAGCUCAUGGCAACCCAGUUUCGAUGUGAAGACUACGAUGGAUUUUGGCGUCUCUGGCGGAAAUUUCCCCUGAAAGGUGUCAUCCGCACACCCGAAGACUAUGCCCAGUUGUUCCAGCUGCACGCUGACCUUGGAGAUGAACGACGGGCGCGCGAGUGUGUCUCCGAGUGGGUGCCUAUGAUGGAAAGAGAGGUUACUCCAGUGCGGCUGCAGGGUCCAAUUGUGACCCCCCUCAUGCACUGCAUUCUGGUCGCGGACCCUGACAUUCAAUCUCGGGCCGAGAGGAAGACUCCUAGUUCCUUCUUAGGUGUCUGGACUCAGUGCCAGGAGGCACUUGCCAAGGGCAAUUGGUGA